UUAAAACUAUGUGCAAAUGGAUAACAUCCUUACUGAAUGGUCUCUUAAUGACGGGACACUCGAAGAUUCAUGUCCAUGCAGUUUUAUUUCGUCGGUAGACCAAUAUUCCAAGAAAAAACCUGGUAAAACAUUCCAUCGUUUUGUAUUUAACAUCUAAAUACUUCCUCAGGUUUGAUUCAGUUGUAUGUAGCUCGGUUGUAUGUGAAGUAUAGUGUACGCAUCCUUCAUAAUUUGCACGUUUUCCUACUCGUUGCCAUGGCCAGUCCUGCCACUACUAUCAAUAUAAUUGAUAAAGUGCGAACCCGUCCAGCACUGGGGAGGAAGUGCAAGCUUGUCUCAAAUGAAGGUCCGCCUAAUAAAAUACGUGUCACAAAGGGUCAACCAGAUCGGUCAGGGUCAGACCUAAAAUGUCAGAAAUGGAUAUCUUCUGCCCCAUGUGAAACUUCUGAAAAAGUGGAAUCAGGGUUAGGUUCUAAUUCUACAAGGAGUAUUUUUUCUGAAAGAUUUCUGGCCGAAAUUAAAGCCAAAGGGGGCGAAAACUCAACAGAAUUUUCAAUGCCAAAUUUAACGGAUUUCUCGCAUUUGCAUAAAGUUGACGAGCUACGCACCACUUUUGUAAAAUCUGCACAAACAAAAUUUACCAACUCGCAGCUUGUUCAAGCUCGCGAUGAGUUGGUGCAUCUGAAGGCGUCACGACCCCAAAAGUGGACUCGAUGGAUGCUUGCAGCCCCAAGUGCGACGCUUAUUAUUCAAGAUUUGUUCGGUGUUUGAGAUUUGUAUGUAAUUAUGACCAUGUGCAAUUUUACUUCUUGCAUCUCCAAUUAAAAAACUUACUCUAUUUAUGCAAACAUUUUAACAGCCAUUUUACCACCGUUUAGAAAAUAAAACUUUGUAAGUUGAUUUGUACUCUCUUAACUUUGUUAACAGAUAUGUAUAAAUUUUUAACUUUGUAAGUUAACAGAUUUUGUACAUAAUCUAAUUUCUUAAAUAAUAUUUAACUAAAUAUAUGUGGUCCGUGGGUAUUUUUUUAAUUCCUGCCUUUGAAAGACAAAAAGCCCCAAAUUGUUUUUUUGACGUGGGUUUGGAAACUUUUAAAAGGAUCGUGGGCGGAAUUCAUGCUACAUUUUAAGGUAGGGAAUUUUUGAUGUGACUAAAGGCAAUUGCCAAGAAGAUGCAAGGAGCAAAUUUCACGCAUUGGAACAAAUUAGGAACAUCACAUUCACGACGACGGUAUAUGGUAAUCUCGAGUUAUCGAAGUCCAUAUGACGCUGAGACGGUCUCCGUGACAUAUUAUGUAAUUAUCUGAUUUGUGAUCAAAUCCGAAAUGCGGACAAAAUAAAAUAAAACAUUAUAU